GCUUUUCUUUCCUCGGUAGCCCGGCCCAGGCGCGCGCGGACCUGCUGCUCCGUCGCGGGCAUUUCCGUCCAAGCAGAUCUGCGUGUUUCCCGGGAGGAUCCUAGUCCAGCCCCGGGAACCUGGAAAGUGCGGGAGGCCAUGGCGAACCCAGGGCCCAGGAUGUUCACUGUGAGCAGGGCCUUGGAACAGGCUCUUCUUCGGCACUUCGUGCACCAGAAGCUGGAGAUCGCCUAUGCCAUAAACAAGCCAUUUCCCUUCUUUGAAUCGCUGCGAGACAAGUCCCUCAUCCCUGAGAGAAUGUAUAUGGAGUCUCUGGAAGCCUGUAGAAAUUUGGUUCCUAUAUCCAAAGUGGUGCACAACAUUCUCACCAAACUGGAGAAGACUUUUAACCUGUCACUCCUGGUGACACUGUUCAACCAGAUUAACCUGUGUGAAUACCCCAAUCUGAGGACGAUUCUCAGAAGCUUCAUAAAUGUUGGCACCGCCUACGGAGAGUGGAGCAGAGCCACACCAACCCCACUCAGAGUUCCUGCUGACCCAGAAGAAGGGAGCUCCCUCGAGACCCUGCUGCAGCUGCCCCCACCCCAGUCACCUCCACCAAGGCUUCUGUUCUGUGCGCACACAGUCCAUGAGGCCAGAGCAUCCUUGGAACAAGUCAGUGAGAGCCCGGACCAACCAUCCGGCCCUUCUGCCCCUCAUGUGCCACUUCCUGGGCUCAUCUUGGGAGAAGGAAGCGCUCCAGUGGCCAGUGACAGCUUAGCAUCUAACACAAAGACAGAAGAAGAUUCACAAGAGAUGCCCAGCCUUCCUUCCUGCCCUGAGCAAGUGAUACAAGAUGCUUCUUCAGAACCCAAAGACCCAGCACAGCCCCAGGAAGUACCCAGAACAUCUCCAAAACAGAAAGGAAAGAAAAGGAGACCAUGUAUCUGGUCAACUCCAAGAAAAAGACGUAAGAAGAGAGAGGCAGCCCCCACUGGGCACGGAGUCCAGGAGAAGCCUCAAGCAGUGGAGCAAAGGAAAGACCCAUCCUCGAACUCCAAAGUGGUUUCAAGGACCCAAGAGACAAGAGCAAAAUGUGCCCAGAAGUCCAGAUCAGCAGAAAAUCCUAAAGAGAACACCGUGGAUUUCCGUGCCCCUACGCUUCCUGUGAGCUGUGGCAAGGCAAAGGGGAUUUUAUACAGGCAGAAAAUGGAACAAGAGGGAACCUCAGGGAAGAGCAUUCAGAAUGAGAAGGGAGCUUGGAUCUCCCUGAAAGAAUUCAUAAUUGAAGGGCAAAUGGAAAGAUCGAAAAACUGGAAGAGGAGUAUACGCUGCGGAGGGAAGACCUUGGAACAACUGAUAAUGAAUGGAAUUUUGCACUGUCCUCCAAUGAAGAAUCUCAAGAGAAGGGCAAACAGCAGCUAAGUUCCCACCACCUUCUCCAUCAGCCCAGGGGUCAUGUUUGUGUACAGCAGCUUCACUGAAGUUACGCUGACACCCGACCACAUGCACAUGCCACAUUUUCCAUGGUGAAGUAAAUGGCUCUCUGAAAUAAAAGUUAAGAAACAGAGGGCUGGGGAUUUAGCUCAGCGGCAUAAGCACCUACCUUGCAAGCGUGCAGUCGUGAGUUCGAUCUUCAGUACCAAAAAAAGAAAACAGCAAGAAACAGCUCACAAUGUCCAUGUGUUCUUGAAAAAGAUCUGGAUAUUGGGACAACUGCAAAUCAAGGGUAUCAGGAAUGGCACACUCAGCCGGGGAUGUAGGUCAAUGGCAUAGGCACCUGCCUGGCAAGCGCAAGGUCCUGAGUUCGAUUUCCAGCACUGAAAAAUAGCAUGUUCUAUUGAAAAGCAAAUAUGACACUGAAUGGGACCAGAGCAGUUCUCGGGCCUUGGGUUCAUCAGACACAGUGAUGCCCAGGAGACUGGCCUGGCCCUUGACCAUACAUGCCAAAUGUAAGGCAGUGUUCCCCUGCUGUCACUGAAAAGGAAGAACCACCUUUCUCAUGCUGAUUUGAAAUACCGUGGAAUCUGGGCUGCUCCUUGAAAUGCCAUAAUAGCAAAAUAAUGUGGAAGAGCAGAAAUUGCAUCAAUGUUAUAAAAUAAACCAGUACAUCCACAGAAUGAGCAGAAUGAGUUUUUUAAAAACCCAUGUAUUCGUAGGAACUGCUAGAGUCUGAAUGUCUCCACAAAGCUCUUGCUGAAAUCCAGCUAUAUAUUUGGAGGUGGGGCCUUUGGGAGCUAAGGAAUGUUCAAUGGGUCCAGAAACUAGGGUCCCUACCCAAGCAGACUGUGAAGUUCCUCUUUCAUAAAAAGACCAGGAGAGCCCUGAACUAGCACCGGCUGCCUGUCACAUGAUGCCCUGCUCUGCUCAGGGCUCCAUGGAUGAGGCCGCUCAGUCUUGAACUUCUGACCUUUGGGAACCUUGGGAACCUGGGCUGAAUAAACCUGUGUUGUAUAUAGGCGUCUCAGGCUGUGGUAUAUAGUUACAGUAACAAAAUAAACUAAGGCCAGGUCAGGAGGCCCUCAGGAAGCCUGCGGUGGUAACAAUGUCUGUCUCGGGAACCCAGCCUGGUUUACCAGGGUCUGCCCGGAAAAGAAUGUUGGAAGGAUUGACAGCACUCAUUCUGGGGUAGGAUGAAGGGACCUUUGGCUUCUGUGUGAUACACUCAUUGGCAGCUGGGACUUUUCUAACCGCCAUUUACUUGUAUAACCAGAAAAGCUGGGAUAGGAUUACAGCGACCUUUGCCUUCUGAAUUCUAUACUUAGGUACAGUUGGGACUUUUUAAAAUGACUAUUACUCUCUCUCUCUCUCUCUCUGUCUCUCUCUCUGUCUCUCUGUCUCUCUCUCUCUCUCUCUCUCUCUCUGUCUCUCUCUCUCUCUCUGUCUCUCUCUCUGUCUCUCUCUCUUUCUCUGUCUCUCUCUCUGUGUCUGUGUGUGUGUGUGUGUGUGUGUGUGUGUGUGUGUAAAGACUAUUACUUUUGUAACCAGAAAAAAUAAAGAUCUUUAAAAUCCA